ACUCAGCCUGGAUACUCAGUCACACCAGGCACCAGCUCUGUCUGUGCUGGUCCAGCUGAAUUUGCGGUGUGUUCUUUAUUAGGACAACAGUACAUUGGUGACCCAGCCUGUGUGUGUGUAACCUGGGUUUGGCAGAGAGACAAGUAAGCUCCUGGCAGAAGAGAUGAGCACGGAGGGGAGACCCAGGCUUGGAGGCCCCCCACAGAUGUGCUCCUUGAUGAUUUUCUCCAAGAUCUUCCCGAGCGCCAAGCCCUGGCUAAGAUGAGGGGAGGCUGCCCUCAGCUAAACUUAUGGACUAUUCUGAUUCCUGCCCUUGCUUUCAAAGCUUGUGUCACCUGUGGCUGCCUUGUUCUCCUCUUUAGACAGAGCUGCAAAGAGCACAAGACCUUACCUCAGAAUUCAGCACAGUGGCACUGUGUCCUGGGGACACCUGAGAGCAAAGAGCGGGUCUGGAGGUGUUGUCCCAUGGGCUGGAAGCUCUUUCACACCAGCUGCUACUACUUGUUCUCUGACAGUAGGUACUGGGAUGAGAGUGAAAAGAGCUGUAUGCAAAUGGGCUCCCACCUAGUGGUGAUCAACAUGGAGGCUAAACAGGAUUUCUUGCUCAGCUGGCUAGAAGGAACAGUUACAGCUGGGGAAGGAAAGAAGAGUCACUGCCUUGGUCUGUAUUACUGGGCGGGAGAAGGCCAGUGGCACUGGGUGGAUCAGACACCAUAUAACCAGAGUGCAACGUUCUGGAUACCCAGGGAACCCAAUUUCCUCCCCUGGGAGAAGUGUGCUGUCUUGCAAGUGGGAAGGAGAACAGCAUCCUCAGGGAAAAGGACCUGGAACAAUAUCCGCUGUCACAAAUAUUGUCAUGGAAUCUGUGAAACUGCAGCAGUAAAUAUCUGAUGGGAGACAUCUCAUCAUGGAUGUGAGACUAGAGAGAGCCUGUCUCUUGCCUGGGGGAGCUCCCAGGGAGAUGUGCAGAUGUGGGGUUUGGAUAAACCCUGGCAGCUGGACUGUAGCUCUGCAGGGGGGUGGGGAGGUGGUCACCAUGUUCAAGGACUUGAACUUACCAGAAAAGUUAUUUUCUGAAAAAAAUGUCAGCUGAUGGACAUGUUAAAAGUGGAAGAAAGUCUGUUUCAGCCAAGUCCUGCCUGAGACAUCCCCAAAAUUCCCAAGACCUCAGUCAAGGCAUUUGGUGAAGAAUGGCAAGAGAGAGAGAUGGGGAAUUUACCUGAAUGUGUGGAGGAAUAUUGCCAUCUUCUCCAUUAUCACAGGUGAUGCUGCUAAGUGUAGUGGCUGCCCUUGUCCCAUUGGGAGCAUCAUGCUCAUAUCAAGGAUGUUUAUUGUAAACAGGAGAGGGUCUCCUCCUGUCCAAGUGGCUCGUGACUGCAGGAUGCAGGGUGAGAUUCAGUUUUCAGGAAGAUUCCAGAGUGGAAGUCUAAUCCUCAGAGCUGUAUUUUGUACACCCACCCCAGUCACCAGGAGUCAUAAUUUAACUACCUGUCCAUGUGUGUAUAUCUAUAGAGUCAUGUCAUAGGCUCAUUAUUUCCCACCUGAGCAGAACCCUUGUAGAAAUCAAUCUGCAGUGCAUCAUAAGAACAACUCAUCUUUCCUUGUCGUCCCCAAGGUGAGAUCCUAUUAUUCUCUGGAUUUGGGAUCAUCAGUGUUGUUUCCAGAAUAUUCACAGGCAGACAUAAACCUUCCUGGUGCUGAGAAAGGUACUUUCCCAAACCACUGUCACCCCAGGACAUGACUGAGGGACCCCAAGCUGGCAUUGUAGUGGGUUACUAUUGCUGCCUCUUCCAAACUGGCAGAUCAAUACCAGUUUGAUGCUGGGCUGAUUGAGGGUGGCCUUUGUGUGGCACUACUACCAUAUGUGCCACUGCCCUGCCAUCUGGGCAGCUAUUGCUCAGAAGAUGUUCUCAGUGCAGUGCCCUGCUUUGAACUGCCAAAGCAUGUCCUCUUGGCCCCAAAUGGCCAGGAGGUCAGCCACCUCUAGCUGAAUCCCAAGUGCCAGCCCUGAGCACUUGCCUCUUGCCUUACUAGCAGGAAUCCUGAUGUUCCUUACUUAAAAACUGGAAAUUCUCUGAUAACAAAAAUUCCAAAAUCACUCUUUAAAAUACCCCCAAAUCCAUGUUCUUACACAACUAAAACAAUAGACCACUAUAUAUAUAUCUAGACAGAGAGAGAGAGAGAGAG